AUGGAAGAGCAAGAGCGACCUCGGAAAUUGCCCAAGCUGGACCACAACGAAGAGACCGUCCAAGAGGUGCUUGGGCCCGCCAUGACUGGAGCUGUUGUUGAUGGUCCCGCCGACGAACCGGAGGCUGCGAUCGCCCAGAUUGGGAAUGAACCUCUCGAUAUCUCCGAAUUCACGGUCCAAAAGGCUACUACGAAUGAGUCCGCUCCCCAAGACGGCGCCGAGGCCGCCGCGCCCACGAUGUCGAAAAAUCAACUGAAGAAAAUCCGCCGCGCGGAAGCUCUUCAACAGAAGCGUGCGCUCCAAAAGGCGCAGAAGAAGGAUAAACUCCAAGAGAAGAAAGAGCGUCGUCGAGCUAUGUUUGAGGAGGCAAAGGCAACAGGCGGCGAGGAAGCCGUCAAGAAGCUACGAGAGACAUUCAAAAGCACGAAAGCCAAGCACGCCAAGUCAACACUUCUGCCUUUGACAUUCGUGAUGGAUUGCGGCUAUGACGACCUGAUGUCAGAUAGAGAGCGCAUCUCUUUGGCAGGCCAGCUUACGCGCUCAUACUCGGACAACAGCCGCGCCCCCUACAUCGCGCACAUGAUGUUCUCGUCAUUCGACAAAAAACUCAAAGAGCGUUUCGACACUGUAUUGGUGACUCACAAAAACUGGAAGCGUGUCCGCCUCAUGCAAGAAGACUUCGUGCAUGCUAGUGAACUAGCAAAAGCACAGAUGAAAGCUCGGGGUCAGCUUGUCGGGCCGUUUGCAGACCAGCCUGACGCGAAGCCUGAGGAUGGAGAAAUUGUCUAUCUCAGCAGUGACAGCGAGAACACCUUGACUGAGCUGAAGCCUUACAGUACUUAUAUUGUCGGAGCAUUAGUUGACAAGAACAGACACAAGGCUGUUUGCUACAAUCAGGCGGUUGCGAAGGGUAUCAAAACUGCUAAACUGCCUAUUGGGCAAUACAUUCAGAUGGCUCAUCGCCCGGUGCUGGCCACCAACCAUGUGAUCGAGAUCAUGCUCCAAUGGUUGGAGCUCCGGGACUGGGGGAAAGCGUUUAUGAAGGUUAUUCCGACUCGCAAAGGUGGAGCUCUGAAAGGGGAGAAGCCUGAAGCCAUGCAGGCCACUGAUGGGGGUGCUGAUGAGGAUGCUGAGGAUGUGGACGAGCAACAAGCUGAAGUGGAUCAGAUGAAGCAGAUGGAAGACAUUGAGGACAUGGAGGAAGGAAGUGAAGAUGGAAACGAAGAGAAGGCAUAA